UUCUCUUCAUUGGCCCAGGAAGCCCACCUUGCUCUGACACGCACAGCCUGGGAGGAAAGAGAGCCUCAUGCCUGAGCCGAGGGGUGCACCAUGGAUCUGACGAAGAUGGGCAUGAUCCAGCUGCAGAACCCCAGCCACCCCACGGGGCUGCUGUGCAAAGCCAACCAGAUGCGGCUGGCCGGGACUCUGUGCGACGUGGUCAUCAUGGUGGACAGCCAGGAGUUCCACGCCCACCGGACGGUGCUGGCCUGCACCAGCAAGAUGUUUGAGAUCCUCUUCCACCGCAACAGCCAGCACUAUACUCUGGACUUCCUCUCGCCAAAGACCUUCCAGCAGAUUCUGGAGUAUGCAUACACGGCCACGCUGCAAGCCAAGGCCGAGGACCUGGAUGACCUGUUGUAUGCGGCCGAGAUCCUGGAGAUCGAGUACCUGGAGGAGCAGUGCCUGAAGAUUCUGGAGACCAUCCAGGCCUCAGAUGACAAUGACACAGAGGCCACCAUGGCUGACGGCGGGCCCGAAGAAGAAGAGGACCGCAAGGCUCGGUACCUCAAGAACAUCUUCAUCUCGAAGCAUUCCAGCGAGGAAAGUGGGUAUGCCAGUGUGGCUGGACAGAGCCUCCCUGGGCCCAUGGUGGACCAGAGCCCUUCUGCCUCCGCCUCAUUUGGUCUUUCAGCCAUGAGUCCCACCAAGGCUGCAGUGGACAGUUUGAUGACCAUAGGACAGUCUCUCCUGCAGGGAACUCUUCAGCCACCUGCAGGGCCUGAGGAGCCAGCUCUGGCUGGGGGUGGGAGGCACCCAGGGGUGGCUGAGGUGAAGACAGAGAUGAUGCAGGUGGAUGAGGCGCCUGGCCAGGACAGCCCUGGGGCAGCCGAGUCCAGCAUCUCAGGAGGGAUGGGGGACAAGGUGGAGGAAAGGGGCAAAGAAGGGCCUGGGACUCCGACUCGAAGCAGCGUCAUCACCAGUGCUAGGGAGCUGCACUAUGGGCGAGAGGAAAGUGCUGAGCAGCUGCCACCCCCAACUGAGGCUGGCCAGGGCCCCCUUGGCCGACCGGAGCCCUCAGCGCCCCCAGCUGAGAAACAUCUGGGCAUCUAUUCUGUAUUGCCCAACCACAAGGCUGAUGCUGUAUUGAGCAUGCCAUCUUCAGUGACCUCUGGCCUGCAUGUGCAGCCUGCCCUGGCCGUCUCCAUGGACUUCAGCACCUAUGGGGGGCUGCUGCCCCAGGGCUUCAUCCAGAGGGAGCUGUUCAGCAAGCUGGGGGAGCUGGCUGUGGGCAUGAAGUCUGAGAGCCGAACCAUCGGGGAGCAGUGCAGCGUGUGUGGGGUCGAGCUGCCAGACAACGAGGCUGUGGAGCAGCACAGGAAGCUACAUAGUGGGAUGAAGACGUACGGGUGUGAGCUCUGCGGAAAGCGGUUCCUGGAUAGUUUGCGACUGAGAAUGCACUUACUGGCUCAUUCAGCGGGUGCCAAAGCCUUCGUCUGUGAUCAGUGCGGUGCCCAGUUUUCAAAGGAAGAUGCCCUGGAGACGCACAGGCAGACCCAUACUGGCACGGACAUGGCUGUCUUCUGUCUGCUGUGCGGCAAGCGCUUCCAGGCGCAGAGUGCGCUCCAGCAGCACAUGGAGGUCCACGCGGGCGUGCGCAGCUACAUCUGCAGUGAGUGCAACCGCACCUUCCCCAGCCACACAGCCCUCAAACGCCACCUGCGCUCGCACACAGGCGACCACCCAUAUGAGUGUGAGUUCUGCGGCAGCUGCUUCCGGGAUGAAAGCACACUCAAGAGCCACAAGCGCAUCCACACAGGCGAGAAACCCUACGAGUGCAAUGGCUGCGGCAAGAAGUUCAGCCUCAAGCACCAGCUGGAGACGCACUAUAGGGUGCACACAGGUGAGAAACCCUUUGAGUGUAAGCUCUGCCACCAGCGCUCCCGGGACUACUCGGCCAUGAUUAAGCACCUGAGGACACACAACGGCGCCUCGCCCUACCAGUGCACCAUCUGCACAGAGUACUGCCCCAGCCUCUCCUCCAUGCAGAAGCACAUGAAAGGCCACAAGCCCGAGGAGAUCCCACCUGACUGGAGGAUAGAGAAGACUUACCUCUACCUGUGCUACGUGUGAAGGGAGGCCCGUGGUGGUGGAGCAGGAGCGGGGAGCAAGGAAGAAGCGUUAGAGCAGAUGAAGUCAAGGAAGGACUGUGCAAAAAAAUAAAAAAUAAAAAAUAAGAAAAGGAAAGAAAGAAAGAAAA